AUGACAAUUUGUCCGCAUCAUCGCGCUGUGCUUGGUAUCAGUUGGACGAGAGGUUCAAGCACGAGAUGCAGAGUCCCAGAAAUACUUUCUGGACAUGGGAAUGGUAAAGGAAGUUGGCCAAAAAGCGAUCGAGGAAUCAGUAAAAUCGAGUCUCGUGUAAUACUGCGCAAGACGGGAAUAUUUGUUCAAGUUGUUUCUGGUAAGCUAAAUGAGUUAUCGAUCAUGAUCAUCAGUGCUGCAUCCACAGCUUCAGAAACAAAUAUUAGUUGUAAAAACACUAUAUUUAUUCAGGUAUUUGUAGAAAAUGCAGAGAAGAAAUGAAACAAGACGUAUUCCAAGAGCCAAUCCCUCCUCCAUCUGAGGUAAAACAGCGAUUGAAAGCUGGGUAAAUGUCACAGGAUCGAUUUAUUCAAAUGAAAUUGCUGCAUGUGUAAAUCAUUCUAGCUUGUUGAAAAUUGAGUCUGAGAGCAAUUUGGAUCACUUUCUUCUUUUACAUAUCUUUUCAUUUUUUGUUAAUAUUUCUUCUCUUUUUUCCAUUCCUUUCAACUUCAACGCAACGAAAGAGGGUUAUCUUUUAAUAAGACCCCAAUUUUUGUUUUGUAGAAAGAACUUACAAUAACCAUGGAAGGUGAUUGUUCUCCUCCAUUUGAAGUUAAAACAUUGUCAUUGACUUACAAAAUGGAUAAAAUGUCAAUUAUGGUGGGAUUGAUAUGUUGAAUUCAAUUACUAUAUUUGCAAAUCGUUCAAGCUUUUGGCAAAUGGACGCUAAAUAAACGUAUUUUUUUAAUCCAAUACUUCCUUUCAUCUCCUUUCUGUUUCUUUCCUGUGAGUUUAUUUUCUGUCUUGUCUUGGGAUUUUUCCUCGUAGUUCUCUUUGUUUUUUUUCUCUGUUUGUCUGAGUAAAGAAUAAAAAACUAAGCACUGUUUGAAACUGAAAUAAAUAAUUUUUAUGUGAUGAUUGAGAAACCUAUAAUUAUUUAAAACUUCCGUUUUUAUUCAAAUUUUUUUAGGAAGAAAAAGAAAUAACCAUGGAAAUGGAUAGUUCUGUUCUGCAAACACCACAAAUUGCACCAGGCAAUCUUUUCACAGACACACCAUUUACCUUAUAUCAACCACCGGAAACCUCUGAAACGCCAGAAUUACAGGAAAAUAGUGAAACUGAAACAAGUUCAAGGGAAAAACUAAAUUCGUUUUUGGCAACAAGAGAUAUCAGUCCCGUACGAAGCUCGAUGAAGGUAGCAUGGAAUGAUGCUUCGGAGAGAACGAAACGUCAUUAUACUCGUAAGGCAAGACAGGUCGUGUUUGCAGCUCUGGAAGAAAUUUCACCUGAUAGUUCAGAUAUGUUGCUAGACGUAUUGAAAUCUCCAUGGAGUGCUAAUACCAAUAUCGAUUCUAUGUUAAUGCAGGCACUUACUGAAUGUUAUAACAACGCAUCUCAUUGGAGCACACAUAGGCAAAUCUUGUCAAUCAUGGCGGACAAGAUUAAUUUUAAGGAACUCCAAAAAUGGAUUCCACAUUUAACCCGAUACAGAUACAGCAUUGCACGUCAUCAUAUCUUGCUCCAUGGAAGAGGUUCUGUUGUUGCUCCCAUGAAAAAUACAAGGAUAUGCGUUUCACCCCAGAAACUUGAUCACUUCUUGACAUUCAUAACUAGUACAUCAGUAAUACAGGACUUGCCAUUUGGAGAGAAAUCAUUGAAGUUAUCCUCCAAUACCAAGAUUACUGUUCCAAAUGUCAUCAGGAAUCUUAUACCUGAACAGGUAGUGAAACAAUAUCAGAGUUAUUGUGAAGAGUCUGAUUUCGUACCUCUGAGCCGCAGCACUUUAUGCAGAAUUCUCAAAGUCUGUUCUGCGUCAGUCCGAAAAUCUCUUCAAGGGUUAGACUACAUAUCAGCAGAGGGUUCCAAGGCUUUUGACGAUCUGGAAGAUAUCUUAGAAAAGCUGGGAGACGAAUAUGGAACCGGUCAUACCUGGGCAAAAGAGCAAAGUGGCAAAUUAAAAGUUGCGAAACGCUAUCUUAAAGGUGAUUACAACGUUAGUCAAUUUAUUUAUUCUCAUACAGGAAAAAGUACUAAAUAGAAAGGCAAGGGAAAAUACAAUUUGUGUUGAAAGAAACUGAAAUACUCCAACAAUAACUUAUUUUGUAUUAAAGGUACAUGUAGCACCAAGUUCAAGAGUUGCAGAUCACUGUAGGGCUCACGCUCUUAGUUAUAAAAAGGAGAAGGACACUGAUUAUUUUAUUGAAUGUGACCACCAUCAUGAUCUUUAGUGUGACAGAUGUCUAUUAGUUCCUUCUGUUUUCGAUGAGAUAAGCACAGCUUUGGAAAACGCAGAGAUUCCAAACGAAGAAAAAGAGGAGAUAUUGUAUCUUGUUUUCCAGUCCAAGAAUAGUAUUGAAGCUUUGAAGGCGCACUUACUCCGCACUGUUAACCAAGACGAAGCUAGAUUGGACACCAUCAGUAAUUUGGAUUCAAAUUCAGUGCUUAUUGUCUUGGACUGGGCCAUGAAAUUCCUCCCAAGAAAAUACCGAGAAAGCCAGUCAGAUUGGUUUGGCAAACGGGGAAUUUCAUGGCACAUAGCCGUUGUGACAAGAAAAGCAAUGCCAUCUAAAAUAGAUACACUCACUUUUGUCCACAUAUUCAGAAAGUGUUCACAAGACAGCCCAACAGUUGUGGCAAUCGUAGACGAUGUGGUUAGGCAGCUCAAGACAACCAUGCCGGACGGAGAAUUGGUAUACCUACGUCAAGAUAAUGCCGGGUGCUACCAUAGCGCACCUACCAUACUGGCACUCCAGCAGAUAGCUAAGAAGUACAAAGUGCAAAUCAGAUUGGACUUCUCCGAUCCACAAGGCGGAAAAGGAGCGUGUGAUCGUAAAGCAGCUUCUCUCAAGAACCAUAUAAAGAUGUAUCUAAAUUCAGGAAAGGAUGUUGAUUCCGCUGAGCAAAUGAAGGAUGCUAUUGAGUCCUUUGGUGGUGUACCAGUGUGCGACCUUCCUACUGUUCCUGAUGAUGAUGCACCUAAAUGGGAAGGUAUCAGCUUUAUCAAUAACUUUGCAUAUACCAAUCGUGGAAUACGAACCUGGAGAGAAUAUGGUAUUGGUCCUGGUAAAUUUCUAAAAUGGAGCCACUUUUGUUUGCCAAAACAAUACCCAAUACCUCAACUUAACGUAAUUAAGGAUAUGCCGCUUCUCCAAAGGCUGACUUUGCUACCAUUAAAGCCAAAAGAAAGCCAAGUAAACCACGAGUUUCAGAAAAGUCAACAGAUGAAGAUAGAGCCUCAGACCACUCAGACGAGGAGAGCGACAGUGGGGAAAACAAGCUGUUUUCUUGCCCAUUCGAAGGCUGUGUAAAAAGUUACCAAAGAUUUUCAUCUCUGCAAAGCCAUGUUGACAUUGGAAAGCACAAGUAUGCAUUAGAACACGAAACUCUUUUUGAUAAAGCGAUGCUGGAAUACGCCAAAAAGUUAGAAGAAGGCACUAGCGCAGUUCAACAUCCAGAAGCCCAUGGUAUUUCACAAACAUUGGAUUACGUGGAACCUUUGGAAAUUGGAUGGGCGCUAAAGUCGUCAGCUAAAAGAAAACGCUUUACUCCUACCCAGAAAGAAUAUCUAACUAGUCAUUUUGACAUAGGAGAACAAACUGGCCACAAAGUAGAUGCCAAGAAUGUGUCUAACUCUAUGAGAAAAGCAAAGAAUCCAGAUGGUUCGCGUUUGUUCCAAAAAUCAGAUUUCCUGUCACCGCAGCAAAUUGCAAGCUUUUUUUCUCGCUUGGCUAAAAAAAGAAGACAAGUUGAUUAUAGUGAUACAGAAGAUGAGGUCGAGGAAGACGAGUUCAAAGAAAUGUCAAACGAAAGGAACUUUGAAAACCUAACAAAUGAAAUUUUGAAUGAAAUUUCUAUUUCCCAUCCAAUAAUGUUUGAAACACACAACAUCUGCGAACUGGCUACAAACUCCAAGUUGUCCAAAUUCUCUGUACGUAUGCUCCAAGAUAUUUGCAACUUUUUUGAAGUGGAUACAUCUGCCAUAAAAAGCACAAACAGAUUCAAGAAGCCGUAUAUCGACCUUCUGAAUGAAUUAGUGGCAACCUGCUCCUGCUACAAGA